AUUGCAGUUACAUUUGCUGUACUGUAUUAUUAUAUGCAUUAAGAAUUUGUAAUAAUUUCUGUUGGUGCACAUUGAGGGGAUGAAGGAAAACAUAGUUAGGGAACUCUUCCUCAUUUUACCAGAGGAAGUAUGUGGCUAUGUGCUGUUUUCAGCAGACCGGCGCUCAGUUUAGAUAAGCCUGCAGAGCAGUGCAGGCCACUCAGAACUCAACUGCUGUUACUGCUGGCCUUCGGUCUGAGACCAGGUCAGUAUUUCUGGCUCUAAACCACCUGCUUCAACUUUAUUGGGAGCAGCCAGCCAGAACUGAAGCUUUGCCCUUUGGAGCAAACAUGGAUAUUUAACUGCUUAAAGUGAGAGCAUCUGUAGAGCUACAGGCUCCAUAACCUGCCAUCAUGGGCAAUGCGAUGAGGCAGGAAAAGCCAAACCCAGAGCCUAACAGCUUUGACACCAUUUUCAAAGACUGCGACAGUCUUGUGGUGCUUGCUGAUUAUCCGUGUCGUGACAUUAGUGAACCUAUCUUUAAGAUGGGGGACAGACUCAAAGGUCUUUCGGAAGAUGGUUGCUGGUGGAAAGUGCGUUCUCUUCAAACAGGAACUGAGAAUUACAUUCCAAGUAAUCAUGUGGCAAAGGUUUAUCAUGGAUGGCUGUUUGAGGGGGUUAGCAGACAGAAGGCAGAAGAGCUUUUGUCAUUGUCUGGUAACAGUGUCGGAUCAUUUCUCAUUAGAGAAAGUCCGCGCGAGAGAGGUGUAUAUUCUCUGUCUGUGAGACACAGGACCGUGAAGCACUAUAAGAUAUUCCGUCUGGCUAAUAGCUGGUACUACAUCUCACCACGACUUACCUUCCAGUGUCUAGAGGACAUGGUCAAUCACUACUCUGACUCGUCAGAUGGUAUAUGUUGCGUUCUCAGCGCUCCGUGUCUGGCUCUAUCCAACCCGGCCCCGAGCUCAACCCAGGAAGCGCCGCCUGUGGUAAUGCGCCGUAACUUGGAUUGGAAGAAAGUGAAUAAGUCACAGCUGUUGAGCCCAAGCGGGCUGGAUACUGUGGACAGCAAAGAUAACAUGAUGAGCUACGGGGUGAGGAGCAGCAUAGCCGCCUAUCUGUCUUUAACAUCAAUACCUGAGCCAGAGAACGCCAAAAGCCGCAAGAAGAAGAGCAAGUCUGUCUAUGUGAUGCCUGACCACAGUAAUAUGAAUUUAGAGGAAAACUAUUAGCUUUAUGACCAUAGAUUUUUAAUUUACACAUUGCUAUGAAAUUGGUAAUAUUUUUGCACUGGACUAGUCGAAUCUUUCACAUGCAUGUCCAGGUCACAUUUCACCCUAAAAUAAAAUUGCAUAAAAAAAAAAUAUAUAUAUAUAUAUUUUAGGACCAUUAUUAUUGUUUUUGUUUUGUGAUAAUUUCCAUGAAAUUUUCUGUAAUGUGUUUGGAUGUUGCACUUUUUUUAAAUAUUCCAAUUAUUCUCAGUAGUGAAUCAUUAGAUUCUUAUUAAUGCAAUACAUUGACUUUUUAAAAUAUAAAACUGCACAUAUUAAUGGAAAUACAACAUAUAUUACUGUGAUAUGUAAAUAUUUUCCAUUUAAAUUCAAAUUGUGUCCAAAUUAAAAAUGUCUUAAAAAUCCUACUUUGACAAUAUUUUAAUUUUGGGGUGAAAAUGACCCAGACAUGUUCUUGAUGGGUGUUUGUGAGAUUCAUCUUAUUGCAAUUUCAGUAUGUUUCAACUUCACUAUUAAAGUAAAUCAAGAAAAAUGCACACUACUUUUUUUUUCUUGAUUUUCUUUAAAGGCCCUAUUUUAACGAUCUAGGCGCAUGGUCCAAAGUGCACAGCGCAAGUGUUAGGGCGUCCAAAUCCACUUUUGCUAGUUUUGCUAGCGCCCGGAGCAUGGUCUAAAAGGGUUGUCCCUAUUCUCUUAAUGACUAAUGGGUGUGUUUUGAGCAUAAUGUGCAAUAAACCAAUCAGAGUCUCAUCUCCCAUUCUCUUUAAAAACCAAUUGCGCUUGCGCCAUGGUAGAUUCGCUAUUUACAUGGCAGAAGUGGAAAAACUGAAUGCUUCUCUAGCAUGGAAACGGAUCUGCUCGUGCGUGAGGUUAAAGCGUGUGAGCAGACCAUCUACGAGACAAGCCGGAUUCCACCAAAGCAUUUUUCAUCUUUAUGCACACAAUAAUAAUCUUUUACAGUAAUCCUUUUAUUUUUAAUAUGUGGCACGUUUGUGUGCUGCUGUGCGUCCUUGUGUGUGUAAUAAGCAGUGUAUGUGCGUUGUGCACCUGCAUAUAAGCCUACUAAUGUGCUCUUUAAAUAACAAAAAAAAUAAAUAAAUAAAAUACUGGCGCAGUCAUUUUGCAGUUGCCUCAAAAUAGCAACGCGCUAACAACGCACCUGAAUACAUCUCGUUUUCAGACCAGCACACCCCUGGGCGAACAGAUGGGUGCAAACACAUUUGCUAUUUAAACAACGUAGCGCUGGAUGUGAAAAUGAUAACUGCUUCGGGCUGAAACUAGCAAACUUGCGUUGCUAGUUUCAGUUGCUAGUUACACUUGCGUUGCGCCUAGCACCACAUUGCGCUGGGUGUAUGAUAGGGCCCUAUAUGUUUUUUUUUCACCUACAGUGACAUUUUUAGGGGAUGUGUAUGCUUUUUUUUGUACUUUUGAACUUCACUAUUAAGCACACAGUUUCUUCUUUAUAAACACUGAAGCUAAAAUAUGUUUUUGAAUUAUGCAGCAAUGGAAUGUUCUAGAAACAAGUUCAUAUUGCAGUACUUCACUAGAUGUUUCAUGGAUAUAUGUGGGUGUGUGUAAAUUUGUAAGCACUUAUAAUUUAAUGUACAUAUAUCUUUAUCAAAGAGCCUCUGCUAUCUUUCAUCAAACUAUAUGUUUAAUUAAAGGAAUGAGGAAAGAGUUGUGAGACUUUGUCUUAUAUUUUAAUAAAUCUUUGCUUUUGCAAUGUA